CUGGAGGUUUGGAGGAGGUUUUGUAAAGGUCUGGAGGCAGGAGGAGGUCCCGGCUCUCACAGAGGAGGCAGGACUUUCUGGCUCUGUGGUGCGCUCCGACACCAGAGGUCCGCUUUAAUAGCAGAGGAGGAGGAGGAGGAGGAGGAGGAGAGGCCGGUCGACUCUUUUACACCGCUCAGAGAGAGAGAGAGAGGGAGAGACUGCAGUCCACUCCUCCGUCCCGGACAGUCCGCAUCGAGCAUCCAUGUGCCAAACAGACCUCUGGAUCCGGAGCGCAGAUUCAGGCGAGUCCAGUCCUGGAAAGACUUCAGUUACCGACUCACCGGCAGGAAGUCAGAGCCGGUGUGAGACUCUCCGGUCGUUAUAGAUCAGCUGUGUGUUCAUCAGAGCUCAGAUCAGCUCGGACUCUUUGCUUUGGACUCCUCUGGCUGCCGGAGCGGAGCGAGAUCUGUUUUCAAACCUCAAACCCUCCGCUGCUCCUCUCUGGCUCCUCCACAUCUGCAGGAGCUGCUUUUAUCUACACGUGUUUUCAUCCUGCUCUCCGCGCACGACAUGAGCAGUCCCGCUGUCUCCUGCCUGUCCGUGCGUCUUUGUCAUUUUAAUGUCGGUGAUCUCCGCGCGUCUGGCUGACUGUUUGCAUUUCAGCGCAAUCUGACAAACUGAGGAGGUUUUCUGUCCUGGCUGGAAUAAGGAGGAGAAGUCAGCGGGAGGAACGUGGAUCUGUUUCACUUCAUCUUGUUUCCCUUUGGAUUGAUUUUGCUCAUUUAUUCCUCCGUUUUCACCCCGAGGAUGUUGCUCCGCCGCCUGAACCCGCCCUCCUGGUCCACCUGUAGGUUUUCCUUCUGCUUUCUGUUGCUGCUCCAAACGCCCCGGUCCUCCUCUCCGCUAAUUACAGGUACCGAGGCCAGCUGUGAGAACGAAGGGGAAGUCCUCCACAUCCCCAACAUCACUGACAACCCCUGCAUCACCUGCGUGUGUCUGGAGGGGAAGGCCGACUGUAAACAGGAGAAAUGCCCGCUGGUCUCUGAGGACUGUGCUCUGGUGGUGAAACAGACGGGAGCCUGCUGCGAGAGGUGUAAAGGCUGCAUGUUGGAUGGACGGUCUUAUAACAGCUCAGUAUCCUGGACCACCUCCACCAAACCCUGCAUAACCCGCCGCUGUCAGGAAGGUGUCAUCACUGAGGCCGACGUUCAGUGUGUCGUCCACUGCAAGAAUCCCAAAAUCCACCCAAAGAAAUGCUGCCCCACCUGCCCCAGUUGUAUCUUUGAGGGUCGUCUGUACAAAGAGAAGGAGGAGUUCAGCCCUGAGGGCAAACCCUGCAUCAAGUGCACCUGCACUGGAGGGCGCACUCUUUGCAUGAGGGAGGUGUGUCCUGUCCUUUCCUGCCCCGCCUUCCUCAGUCACACCCCACCUGGACAGUGCUGCCCCAGAUGUCUCGGUCAGAGGAAGGUGUUUGAUCUGUCUUUAGGAAGCUGUCUGUUCCACAGCGAAGUUUAUGAGAACGGCACCUCCUUCAUACACGACAACUGCACCACCUGCACCUGCAAGGAUUCCACCGUGGUCUGCAAGAGGCGAUGCUCUCGGCCGGGGAGUUGCCAUGGUGACCAUUGUUGUGAGGAGUGUCUGUCCUACGUGAAGGUGGAGGAGGUGAAGUACUGCAGAGUCCGGAACAAGAUCUACAGGGAAGGAGACAUGUGGUCGUCAGUUAACUGCACGCUCUGCGCCUGUGUUAAAGGAAACAUCGAGUGUCGGCCCAAACAGUGUGUACCAAUCACCAGCUGCCCCGCGAAUAAAAUCCUGAACAGGACGGGCUGCUGUCCAGUCUGCACUGAAAAGCCCGGUGUGUGCACAGUGUUUGGCGACCCUCACUACAACACCUUCGACGGCAGGACCUUUAACUUCCAGGGAACCUGUCAAUACGUACUGACUCGUGACUGUGGCAGCACCCCAGGACCAGGAAAUAACUUCAACCUCAACAGCCCAGACUCCAGCUUCAUGGUGUUGGUGAAGAACGACGCCCGGCGGACUCGCUCCUUCUCCUGGACUCAGUCUGUUGAGGUGAGGUUGGGAGGUUUGGUCCUCAGUCUCCACCAGCACCUGACAGUUCGGAGGAACGGCACCCGCAUCGCGCUGCCCUACCACGGCCCCGGGGUGCACAUCGACCUGGACGGAUACCUGCUCAAACUCACCACCAUCGCAGGUCUGGAGAUCACCUGGGACGGUGACAGUUUUGUUGAGGUUGUGGCUGCCCCCCACCUGCGUGGACGCCUGUGCGGCCUUUGUGGCAACUACAACGGCCACAAGCGUGACGACACCAUGGGAGGCGACGGGCAGUUCAAGUUCGACGUGGACGAGUUUGCCGAGUCGUGGCGAGUCGAGGGAAAUGAGGUUUGCUCCCAACAGCACCCGCCUCGCCGGCCAACGUCCUUCCUGUGCCCCGGCAGCGUCAAAGUCAAGUUCCGUGCCCACCGGGAGUGCCAGAAGAUAAAGUCAUGGGAGUUUCAGAAGUGCCACCGUGUGGUUGACUUCGCCCCGUUCUACAGGUCGUGUGUAACGGACAUGUGCGAGUGUCCGGUCCAUAAAAACUGUUACUGUGAGUCCUUCAUCGCUUACAGCCGAGCCUGCGAGAGGGAGGGAGUGCCCGUCCUCUGGAGGGCCGACACCGCCUGCAUGGCCACCCAGUGUAAACACGGCGCCGUGUACGACACCUGCGGACCGGGCUGCACCAAAACCUGCGACAACUGGAACGAGAUCGGGCCGUGUCACAAGCCCUGCGUGGCCGGCUGCCACUGCCCCGCCAACCUGGUGCUGUUCCAGGGACGCUGCAUCAAACCCACGGCCUGCCCCGGACGGUGACCCUUGUGAUCCAGGUGGGAGGGGGGGCAGGUUAGGGACGCUCAAGUAUCACAGUUUGGGGGCCAAACAAGCCGAGGAGGGUUUGGGAGGACACAGACGGGUCUCAGGUCGACAGAUCACAUGUGACAAAGUACUCAGGGUCCAGAUCUGUCUGACAGAGAUACAAGCUACGGUGACGGACUGAAAACUCAGUGGAUGAGAGGCUGAACGUCGCCACCACCUUCAGCCUCUGACUUCCACGUGCUUCGUGUAAACUAUGCAUUGUCACUACCCGUCACCGCCACCGGGGGCGCUAAUUUCAGCCUUGUCAAGGAACUGAACUCCCAGGAGAAAACUCAGGGGCCCUGAGGUGGAAAUUUUUGUCUCCACCUUCUGCGGAACGUUUGACCACGCUGCCAUGGACCCUCAGGAAACAGUCUGGGCCGGUGGACUCCUGUCGGAGCCAACAUGGCGCCCACAUUUCUCUCACAAACUCUCUGAGGUGGGAAACUGAGCAUCUGCGUCUGGAAUACGGAAAUUCAAAGCGGAGAAACUCAUCAUAUCAAAGUGCCCUCGUGAUCUCUGUUCCCUCAUUUCAUACUGUAAGCUAGCCAGAUUUAUAUGAAAGACAGACAGCUUUUAUAUUAUUAUUAUUGUUCUAAUUAAUAUUAUUAUUAUUAUUAUUAUUUGUUGUUGAUGUUGUUAAUUUAUAUAUCGGUCAGAUGACACGUCGUAGCAAGAGCCAGAAUCAUGAAUAUAAUGCGUUAUAAAUGAUUUAAAGGGAAACAAAAGCUAUUUAUGUAUUUGUUGUGUACUUGUGUUACUGUUUGAAGAGAAAUGCCCAAAUGUGACUCCGUUGUUGCUCCAUCGCAGGGAAAUCGUACUGUAUUGUGUUGCGCUCCGUGUACAGCUUGUUGUGGUUCGUAUCAAACUGAAGGUGUUCAUCUAAACAUAUGUUUCACUUGACGAUAAUUAUUUAAGACCAGCAAUAUAAUCUUUUAUCGAAGUUCAUCUCUGACUGCUGUCUUUACUUUCCUCAGUGUUUAAAGCUUUAAUAACUGUCACAGAAGAAGGUCGGACCUGAAGGUUGCUGGUUCGAAUCCCUGAAGGAGCUGAAGACAUCUGCAGCGCGAAAACUGAAGGCGUUCUUGAUCCUCUGUUCACUCGUGCUUUGUAUUUAAUGAUUUCUCAGAUACAAAAAAAAAGAAACGACAAAUUCUCAUGAACUAAAUAAUGUUUAUUUUUCAGACUUCUCUUUAACCUUUGAUUCUUCUCUGUGAAACACAGUUUUUACUCUCCAGGCCUCUAAACAGGAUUCAUGUUAAACACUCAGAGCUGGAAAAUCCCUCUUCAUCUGAACCACUCAGCCUGCAGACAUGAACCUCUGACGAUCAGCUGUGAGGACAAAUAUCUUCAUAUAAAAGUUUGGAGACCAUAAAGUUUUAAGGACCAGUUAAAGUAGAAUUAAAGUAAGAUUACUCUAAAACUGUCCCGUCAGGAUGUCGCAGCAUUUUUUUUUUUAGCUACACGGCAGCUUUUCCUAAAAUUUGUGAUGCAUGCUGCAGCGUUUAGACGUUGUUUACGCCUGAGGCAUCAUGUUGUCAGGUCGUCCGUCUCAUUCUUGUGAACAUCUUGAACCUUGAGGGAAUUUCUUCAAAGUCACAAAACAUGCUUGUGACCAUAACUGAAGAGUUUAUACGCUUAUUAUGACAAAGCUUCACACAAAUGUCGAACAGGAUAAAAUAAUGAAGUGAUGACAUUUUAUAUCCUGAAGGUCAAAGGUCAGCUUCAGUGUGACAGUGUGAUUUGUAUUGUUUGUUGUUUGGUAGUAUGACUCCGCCCACCAGUCAGGUUUCUCUGACGGGGUGUUUCUCAAAGUCAAGGAAGGAUCUGCUACGUCAUCGACCCGCUGAAGGACUGCUCCAGUGUCAAGGAUCCUUGAGUCCUCCUUUCAGAGAAAUUCCAAGGAUGCAUGUGUGGAUCCUCCGCGGGUAUGAAAUCCCCACAAUGCUUUGCGCAUGAUUUUCUGGAAGUGGAGGCUUCAAUAAAAAUCUGCGCUUGAGUCUGUUGUUCACACUGUUAAUGAUCAUUUAGAACUUUGUUAGCUGUUGUCUUUACUUCAUUACUCAACUUACUCUUAAAUAUGAUCCAGAAAUAUAUUCUCCCUAAAAGUCACGUCACUCUGACAAUAACUGACACUUGUUCAAACUGUACAACAACAUUAGAGAGUGUUAAAACGAUCACAGUACCUGAAACCUCCUCAGUCUGCUGAGGAUUAAUGACGAUCACGUGGGGACACUUGUUAGUCUGUUCCAAUGUGUGUUCACUGAAUGAUAGGAAGGACUCUUGCCUUGUCUCUGUAGGAUCCUUCCUUGGGAGGACUCAUCUUACCAA